AUACCGCUAAGCAUUUCAAGCAACAGAAAUAACUGAGGAAUAGAAUAUAAAAAAAAAGAAGAAAAAAAAGAAAAACAUUUGGACUUUGUGGUGAGAGGAGAAAAAAAAUGGAAAAUGAAUUACGUGAUAAUGAGGUUAAUUGUAAUACACAGUCGUUAAGGAUUGAUUUUACUGAAGAUGAAACAGAAGAAGAAGAGAAAACAUCAUUUCACUGUGAUGUCUGCAACAAGUCCUUCUUUCUCAAAGAUGAACAGACGAUUCACAAAUGUUUCCAUGCAGGAGAGGAUCUCUAUCGCUGUGACAUCUGUGGUAAAUCAUUCUCUGAAAAGGUUCGUUUGACCACACAUAAACUCAUUCACGCAGGUGUCGAGCCGUAUCGCUGUAACACCUGUGGUAAAUCAUUCUCUCAGAAUAAUAGCUUAGCUAUUCACAAAUGCAUCCACAUUGUGGUUAAGUCACAUCAUUGCGAUAUCUGUGGCAAAUCAUUCUCUGGAAAUAGUGACCUAACCACUCACAAACGUAUUCAUACAGGAGAGAAACCAUAUCAGUGUGAUAUCUGUGGUAAAUCAUUCUCUGUAAAUAGCAACCUAACCACUCACAAACGUAUUCAUACAGGAGAGAAACAAUAUCAUUGUGAUAUCUGUGGUAAAUCAUUCUCUCAUAAUCACCACUUAACUACUCACAAAUACAUUCACACAGGAGAGAAACCAUAUCAUUGUGAUAUCUGUGGUAAAUCAUUCUCUCUGAAUCACCACUUAACUACUCACAAAUACAUUCACACAGGAGAGAACAUUUUCAUACAUCGUGGAUCCCCGUCGUUCGCCGAUGAGGAUUCAGGUGUAAGACCAACUGAAUCCCCUGCUCUGGAAUUGCCAGUAUCAGAGAGGAUAUUUAGCAUAAAAGAAGAUUUUACAUCGAACACAUCAUGA